AUCCUGUGGACAAAUAAAAUAAAUAAAAAUUAAAAUAAUCAUACAUAUUGUGUUAGUUAAGUCAAACAACCAAAGCAUAGGUUAAUAUGAAAAUCUCCUCCAGUGCAGGAUUCCGUCUCGAUAAACAUAAAAACGAGUUUUCAGUUGAGAUCCACAUUCUCUGGGCACAGCAUCAAGUGCACCACACAUCAGAAGACUUCAACAUGGGAGUCGGGAUCAGACAGUCUGUUCUGCAAGGCUGGUGUGGUUUUAUUUUCUACCUACCCCUAGCCCUGGCAAUACCCCCGGCCCAGUUCUGGAUCCACACUGAAUAUGUUCUGGAUCCACACUGAGGCGAUCAAGAGUCUGGGUCCUCUGGAGUACAUACUGAACACGCCCAGUCAUCAUAGUAUUCACCACGGCAGUAACCCAUUCUGCAUUGAUGUGAACUAUGGAGGAGCUCUAAUCGUCUGGGACAAAUUGUUUGGCACCUUCAGGCCUGAGAAAGAAGGAGAUUGCAUUGUAUAUGGGUUGAUAUAUAACCAACCCUCAUUCAACCCUCUUCACUUGCAGUAGUUCUACACUCGCUACGUUAUCACGAGAUUCAAGAAGUACUCUAGAU